GGUGAUGCCGCUGCGUUUGCUUACUAUUUGUGAAUGUUUAUUAUUAAUAUAGUUGUCGUUCUUCUUCAUAAUUUUCAUGAAUUAAGACAAAUAUUCUGCUAUCAUAUAAUCUAUUUACGAUCGAUAUGCUAGAGAAACAGUAAGAACAUUAAAACAGAGGUUAUCCGGUGGUGAGUGGUGAAUAUGGAAAGGGGUAAGAUGUCGUCUUCCGGGCGCGGAGGCAAGAGCAAGGCCCCGCAGCACCCGCAGGACAUCUUCGCGCUGGGCACCAAGUCUACUGUCGUCGUAUCGCGAGACCAGGAGAAGAGGAAUAUACACAAGCCUUCAAGUAGUGGAGUGGAACGCAAGCGCGAAGGCACAUCAAGUUUUGGCGCUGCUCCACCCACCAAGAGAUCGAGGAUUGGGUCUCCAGCAGAAGCAGUUGGAGGGACAUCCCUAGAGGUUGAUCCCGUGGACCUUGUUCCUAAUGUGCUGCAAGCUUUGGAUACCCAUAAUUCUGACAAAUUACUCGGUCUUCUCACAGGCUCAAUCCGCCUGCUCAAGUCCCAACGCUCCAAACCAGACCCAAUCCUCUGCAUGAGUAUGCUAUACUUGUGCAAAAUCCGGCCCAACAUGUUCGCACAUGACGUGGUGACACAGAGUUUGUGCACUCUGUUAAAGAGGGAGCAAGGGGCUGCGUUUAAGAGUAAAGGGAACCCGCUUGUGUUUGUGCUGGCCUGCAAUAUGCUGUAUGCUGGACAUAGGGAUAGUAAUAAUUGGCCUGAUACUUUUAUUAAGGUAUACAUUGAAGAUGCUUUAAACGAGAGGUGGUGGGUGGAAUGCUCGUGGUGCAAGUGUCUGGUUGAGAAUAUUGCUACUGCCUUCAGCACCAAGACUCCUCCUCCGCACCUGAUCCCAUCAGAUAGUGCACUUGCUGCUGGAGGCACGAUGUCGCCGUCGGGGUCGGGGUCUCCACUGAUGGGAAGCACGGAGGACGAUCCUGACAACACGGACCUCGAGUACACCGUGUUUCCCAGAUAUUCGAGUAGCUACGAAACCGUGGAAGCGUUGGUGCUGGAAGCGAUCAAAGAGCAGAUCCAGCGGCGAGCCGCGCCGGACGCUAUCGGGAAAGGAUUCUUGAAGUUGUUGUCCGCUACGUGUGGUUUCCCUGAGAUCCGCAUGAUAUCGGCCUCCCGGCUCGAAGCGUGGCUCCACUCGGGCAAGCUGUGGCGCGCGGCGCAAGAGCUGCUCGCAUACGUGUGCUGCAACGCGGACGCGUGCGGGCCCACUGCCGCGCGCGACCACGAGGUGCUGGCCCAGCUGGCCCGCAUGCGGCUCAAGACCAAGCCGCUGCAGCAGGCGUACCAGGCCUGCCUCAGGUAACGUGUGUCCACUGCAGCUGGCGGCUACACUACAGGAGCUGCUCGCAUACGUGUGCUGCAACGCGGACGCGUGCGGGCCCACUGCCGCGCGCGACCACGAGGUGCUGGCCCAGCUGGCCCGCAUGCGGCUCAAGACCAAGCCGCUGCAGCAGGCGUACCAGGCCUGCCUCAGGUAACGUGUGUCCACUGCAGCUGGCGGCUACACUACAGGAGCUGCUCGCAUACGUGUGCUGCAACGCGGACGCGUGCGGGCCCAC